UGAGAGUGAUGAUUGUUUUGUUCUAUUGCAGUUGUUUCAAACAAGUUGAAGACAAUAUUGAGCUUCGCGGUAGGCGCCCUGCUAGCAGACGUUUUCCUGCACUCCCUCCCCGAGAUCUACACCAUCAAUGCCUCAAAUGCUGGGUCGCAACAGGCGAGCGGGAUGCUCAUUCUGUGUGGACUCAUCACCUUUAUUGCCUUGGAGAAGAUGCUCGGUUCCUUUGAAGUGGACGAAAAACGAGUAUCAGGAUAUCUGAAUCUUCUGGCCAAUGUCAUCGACAACUUCACCCACGGCCUAUCAUUGGGCGGGGCCUUUCUAGUCUCUCCCAGUCUAGGAGUUCUAACCACCAUAGCGAUUUUGGUCCACGAAAUUCCACACGAAGUGGGCGAUUUCGCUAUUCUGCUUAGAUCAGGAUUGACUAGGUGGGAAGCAGCAGGAUUUCAACUGUUCACUGCUGGCGGUGGACUAGUGGGCGCCAUUUUCGCCAUUGUUUGCAGUGGGGCGUCCAACUCAAUCGGUAAACUCAACUUUCACCACUUUCAACUCUCACCUCAACCGCUUCAAAAUACUUGAAUUGAUCAAGGGAUU